UCCUUUUCCUUUUUGAUCCAUUCAAAAAUUACUCAUUGCAAAUUCCCGGACUGCUAGGAGAGGAGAAAGAAGGGGGCGGAGGAGAGAGGGCUGCUGCGGGCACCCGGGGCCGAAGUGGCUGACGGCCGGUCCGGCAGAAACCGCUCGCGGGCAGUUCUGGCUCCGGCGGCCUCACCAGGAAGCGUCAGUCUCCACACUGGGGGAAGCUCCGAGCGCCGCCUCCUCUGCCGCCGCCGCCUGCCCGGCUCCGGGUCCCCGAGCCCCCUCCCCUACUCCAGGCCAGCCCCCCGCCCUCCCGGACGAUCCGGCUCGGUCGCCUUCCUGGGCGAUGGCUGGCCGCUGAGCAUGGCUCAGUACGGCCACCCCAGCCCGCUCGGCAUGGCUGCGAGAGAGGAGCUGUACAGCAAAGUCACCCCGCGGAGGAACCGCCAGCAGCGCCCCGGCACCAUCAAGCAUGGAUCGGCGCUGGACGUGCUCCUGUCCAUGGGGUUCCCCCGAGCCCGCGCACAAAAAGCCUUGGCAUCCACAGGAGGAAGAAGUGUUCAGGCAGCAUGUGACUGGUUGGUUGUUCUCCCAUGUCGGCGACCCCUUCCUGGAUGACCCCCUGCCCCGGGAGUAUGUCCUCUACCUCCGGCCCACCGGCCCCCUGGCGCAGAAGCUUUCCGACUUCUGGCAGCAGUCAAAGCAGAUCUGCGGCAAGAACAAGGCACACAACAUCUUCCCCCAUAUCACCCUCUGCCAGUUCUUCAUGUGUGAGGACAGCAAGGUGGACGCCCUGGGCGAGGCCCUGCAGACCACGGUCAGUCGCUGGAAGUGUAAGUUCUCGGCGCCGCUGCCUCUGGAGCUGUACACCUCCUCCAACUUCAUCGGCCUCUUCGUGAAGGAAGACAGCGCCGAGGUCCUCAAGAAAUUCGCUGCUGACUUUGCGGCGGAGGCUGCAUCCAAAACCGAAGUGCACGUGGAACCUCAUAAGAAACAGCUGCACGUGACCUUGGCGUACCACUUCCAAGCCAGCCACCUGCCCACCCUAGAGAAACUAGCCCAGAAUAUCGAUGUCAAACUUGGAUGCGACUGGGUGGCUACGAUAUUCUCCCGGGAUAUCCGAUUUGCUAACCAUGAGACGUUACAGGUGAUCUACCCCUACACCCCACAGAACGACGAUGAGCUGGAGCUGGUCCCGGGGGACUUCAUCUUCAUGUCACCCAUGGAGCAGACCAGCACCAGCGAGGGCUGGAUCUACGGCACGUCCUUGACCACCGGCUGCUCGGGACUCCUGCCCGAGAACUACAUCACCAAGGCUGACGAGUGCAGCACCUGGAUAUUUCACGGUUCUCACUCCAUCUUAAAUACAUCAUCUUCCAAUGCGCUGGCAUUCGGGGACAGCCUACUGGAGAGGCGGCAGUAUGAGGACCAGGGCCUGGGGGACACAACUCCCCUGACCAUCAUCUGCCAGCCCACCCAGCCUCUGAGGAUCAGCAGUCAACCUGGCCCUCAAAAGAGAUGCCUCUUUGUGUGUCGGCAUGGUGAGAGGAUGGAUGUUGUGUUUGGGAAGUACUGGCUGUCCCAGUGCUUCGAUGCCAAAGGCCGCUACAUACGCACCAACCUGAACAUGCCUCAUAGCUUACCUCAGCGGAGUGGUGGUUUCCGGGAUUAUGAGAAGGAUGCACCCAUCACUGUGUUUGGAUGUAUGCAAGCAAGACUCGUGGGCGAGGCCUUAUUAGAGAGCAACACCGUCAUCGACCACGUCUACUGCUCCCCUUCCCUGCGCUGUGUCCAGACUGCGUAUAACAUCUUGAAAGGUUUACAACAAGAGAAUCACUUGAAGAUCCGAGUAGAGCCUGGCUUAUUUGAGUGGACAAAAUGGGUGGCCGGGAACACAUUACCUGCAUGGAUCCCUCCAUCCGAGCUAGCUGCAGCCAACCUGAGCGUUGAUACAACCUACAGACCUCACAUUCCAGUCAGCAAAUUAGUGGUUUCAGAAUCCUAUGACACCUAUAUCAGCAGGAGUUUCCAAGUAACAAAAGAAAUAAUAAGCGAAUGUAAAAGUAAAGGAAAUAAUAUCCUGAUUGUGGCCCAUGCAUCUUCCCUUGAGGCGUGUACCUGCCAACUUCAGGGCCUGUCACCUCAGAACUCCAAGGACUUUGUACAAAUGGUCCGAAAGAUCCCAUACUUGGGGUUUUGUUCCUGUGAAGAAUUAGGAGAAACUGGAAUUUGGCAGCUGACAGACCCACCUAUUCUUCCUCUUACCCAUGGACCAACUGGGGGCUUCAACUGGAGAGAGACCUUGCUGCAAGAAUAAACCGCAAGAGUGAACAAAAAGAAAAGGCUUGAGAAAGGAUUUGGGAGAAGUGUCGGCUUUGGGAGAAGUGUCUUUUUGUGUGUUUAGUAACAGUGGGAAAGUCUGCACCACAUCCUAAGUGGACAGCUCAGAAUAAUUUAGCAUAUUUCCUUUCAAGCUUUACCGUUCUUAGGAUGAGUCUGUGUCGAGGAAAGAAAGACUUGAUUCAGGGAUAAAAUUCAUCCUCUCUGGACUCUUGCCUAGCAAACAAGGCUUUCUAGAAUUAUCAUCCUACAUCCGGGCACCUGCGACAGCAAAGCAUGUUCUCCCCCUUCCAGCUAUGCUGGCUAAAGAGCCUGAGUCCUCCCCAAGGGGGCUGCCAGCCCACUCCGAGGAAGGAUGCAGGAGGAGGGAUGUGGGAAGAAGGAUGCAGGAAGAAGGAUGUGAGAGAAUCCAGCAGGAGGGACACCAAGCUGCGGGUUCAGUGAUGGGAUUUUCUUUCGAAUUCCGAGCUCCAGUUAAAGCCAAGCUGAGGAGUUCUUUUAAGGUUAUUAGGAAACAUGUCCCCACACGGGUUUGUCCUUAGGUUUCCCAUCAAUUUCUACCCUCAGUAUGACCCACACACCAGUGCUGCUGGCCCAAGACGUCUGCUCAAGGCCUCUAACCUUCGCCCUGGUCCCGCCACAUCACAUUUUCUCUAGAGCAGCUGACUGCAGCUUUUUGCUAUGGUCCUACCCCCUUGCUUCUAUCUGUGAAAUGGGGAGGCAAAGCAUUUUUUUGCUCUCCAAGGCACUUUUGGAUACUCAGGAGGAAGAUAAAUGUGUGACGUGUUCAAUCAUAGGAGCGAAGAACUUGCACACUAUCAAGUGACUUGGGGUUCUCCGUGUUGUAGCCUAACGAGCCACAGCACUUCGAAAUCUCCGUGACUUGCUUGUCUUUGCCCCGCGCGUCUAGACCAUGUGAACUGGUCAAGGAUGUUGACAUUUUCAAAAGAUGUGUGCUACAUACAUCAUUUGAGUCAGCAAGAAGCUCAUUCUUGUGCAAUAUGGACAUCUUUACAAACCACACCAAGGGUCAGGUCAUUGUACGCUCACAGUAUAUGUCAAUCAUAACAGAACGUCCGCAAAUGCAUCAGUCACGGCCAGGGAUAUAAAACGGAGUCAGGGAACUAACUUAAAUGAUGACAGUCACAACUGCACUGCUCCUUGUGCUGUUGUUUUUAUUCGUUUGUUUUUCUAUGAUAAUUUAAAAUACACAGGUAGGGCUGCUUAAGCAAAGUAGAGAGACCCACAUCCUGGGAUAUCUCAUCACACUUGCUUCCUGAAUUUAGAGGGAGUUUAUUUAAAAGAAAAAUACAUGACAAUCAAGCCAAAACAUCAGUUAUCAAUGUCUAGUUCAUUGUGGGCCUAGCUGACUGCUGUGGGCAGCAGACGAUGGUCUGGUAUGACAGCGUUCACUGUAGACUGUAUGCGCAAAAUGAGGGCCCAGCAUUUAAAGGGAACAUUCAUAUGAAACAAGUCAAUAUAUAUUGUAGCAUUAAAUAACUUUAAAACCCAAGUGCAUAAAACGCAUGGUAUAUAAAAAUAGAUCUAGGCUAUUAGAAACUAGAAUUUGAUGAUCCUUGAAAAGAAGAGGAAGUGAGAGGAUUCUGGCUUUGUAUGUUAAUCAGCAAGAGGGUUACUGCUGCUGCUGUUGUUGCGAAGUCACUUAGAGAAGCAUAUCAUGAAUUCUGCAUUUUAAGAAAUCUUGAUUUCUUCCAGCAUUGCACAAACACCGAUCCAGCUUCUGGGUCUAGAAAUAACUCUGUGCUGACAUUACUGAUUAAUGUGAAAGUUUUCAUCUUAAAAUAGAGGGGGGAAGGGGGGGCGGAGAAUGCUCACAUUAAAGACUUUAAGAGGAAAGUCACCUCAUGGCCAAUGUAAUGUUGCUGCCAGGCAUUCCGUCAUCUGUAAUGAGGUGAAUGCACUAUAAUCAGACCUAUAAUAUUUAUUAGAUUCUCUACAAAUUCUCCUGGACUUUCAGUGCUCAGCAUAAUGCUUGAACAUCUCAUAUUCACUUGAAAACUGGAGCCGCAUGUGCUGGGCAGGGUCUAUAUGUGUGUAAAACACAUUUCAGAAUAGGUCAUCUUCUCCCUCCCUCUCACUGGUCUUAGGUGUGACGACCUGGCCCCUUGGUUUAGAUGGGCUAUGGUCCUAAGUCCAAUAUAGACAGAGCCUUAAGCUAUCAUUUACAGGAGCAAAGGAAGGCAGAGAUCAGAAGUAAUUUUCUAAGUAAUUUAGGUGGACAACCCUAAGACAGUUUAUUUCUCUGCUUUAAUGAUCCAGAUUGAUCAGAAUAGCCUGAAUGAUUUGAAUUCUCAUUAAAUUCUCUUUUCACAUUUACCUAUUUGACGAACCAAACAUGGACUCCAACUGAGAAAUUCUUUGGAAAUCAUGUUGAAUCUAUGUGUAAUAAAAGGAGCAGACAGCUGUAUUACAUGAUUUUCUAUCCAUCUAAAGAUUCUAAGUGGCUAUUACAACUCGUGAAGUUUAGGCUGGUUCUUUUUGAUCUGAGGCUGAUGUGUGUUCACAGGUGUUUUGAGGGGCUAGAAGGAAGGUGGGAGAGGAGGAAGGAGGAAGCAAGGAAGAGAAUGUCAAGAAAGAACCAAAUGGUUUCUGGUAGAGAGGAUUUUUUUUUUUUUUUAAGUGUAGACAGUUAUCUGAAAUAAACUGAGAUGAAAUUAACUACAGGAUUUAAUCUGGGAUUAAAAAUCUGACACCGUCUGCUGCUUAUACAAGUGCACCACAUCAACCCACUAAUGGCCCAGCAUUAUUCACAGAUAGACUUUGGUUUCAGUGAUUUCAAAAUGCCGCAUCUAUUCCUCUCCAGACUAGAAUAAUUGGCCCAUCUUAAUGCACAGGCUGGGGGAUUCAUUUUCCCAGGCUCUCUUCUCCAUCACUGCCUUGGUAGCUAGGAGCUUAUUGCUUCACCCCAGCAAGGAGUUCAGAAUACAGUGUUUUCCAUUACAUUUAGAUUCAUAGAAUCUGAAUGGCUGAUUAAAUGGCCAUCUGAUGGCCUGAAAGAGGGGAGGGGGUAUUUUUCACCCUGUAUUGAAAGGCUUAGAGGAGUUUCUAGUUUUUAUUUUAAUUAUACUUUAACCAAAGAAUUAUUUUAAAGUAACCUUAUAUUUGAAAGACGAUUUUGCAAAAAAGAAAAAAAGAAAAAAAAAUAUCCUCUGGAGCGAUGUCAGUCUGGUAAAUUGUUCUUGAUGAUUUUCUUGCAUUUUAGGCCAAUGUGGUCCUUUUCCUAUCAGCGGUAUUUGGAAUGUAUACAGAUUGUCAUCCACUUGUUGCUUAGCAUUACCAUAAAUGUAUCUUUUCCACUCAACUAGCUGCGUUCGUCGUACAUGAAGUCUCUUAGUUCUAUGAGCUAGUGUCACUGGGAACUAACUGAAGAACUACUGUCAGAGAAGUUCCUAUCUCCUGGCCUUUGUAGAAAGACGUCCCUGCGUGGUAAAAAGGGAGGCUUUCCUUGUAACCUAGGCACGCUGCAACGCCAGUGUUUAAUUUAGAAGCCGUGAUGAAUUGCUCUUUUGAAUUUACUCUAAGUCAUGCGUGUGUUAGAAUACAGAUGAACCUCCUUUAAUUUUCACAGGCACGGUCACAAACUGUACUGUGUCUGCACCAACUUCUCAGAUAAUGAGGCGCAGGGUUAUUUGCAUUUAAAUUGUGGUCCUGCCCACGUGUGAGAACUCGGAGCCACCAGUGGGGCUGCCUUGCCGGGAGGGAGGAGACGGGCGGAGGAGCGUGGGGAAAAGAGUGAUUGGCUAUCUAUUUGGGUCAGUGUUCAUUUUACGAAGGUGAUGGGGGGAUAGUUUGUUAGGUGAUGGCAGAGGCUUUUUGUGUUUAAACAAGGGAUUACAAUUGGAUUGGCUUCUUUUCAACCCUUCAACAUACUGAAUUUUCCUAGGGUGGUGACUAGCUCUAAUGAAAAUUCAAGGGAAGGGGAAAAAUGGCCUCUACAUGCAGAGGACGUAACCUGAUUUUUUAAAAACAUACAAUAUUACAUUCAGUGUGUGUAGGCUUAAAAUGAUGAUGAAUAAUCAAACUUAAUAUACAUCGGUUCUUACAAAUGUUUUACACCGUACCCUGUAGCUGCCAUUACUCACACAGAAAUUGGAAUUUUUGUAGCUGCUCAAUUUCUUGGACUCUGUACAGGAUACAUAUAUACGUACAAUGGGACAUAUGUACUGGUUCUUCCUUUGACUGCCACUCAGGAGAGGAACACCAUCCUGAAGCAUUUUGGUUACCCUUACACCAUUCUAAACCUGCUGUUUGGGGAAAUAUAUUAGUUCCUUUCUCAUUUAUAAAGCUGUUGUAUCAUUAGUUUUCUAUGUGAUUCAGAUGUAUUUAUUUGGUGAAAGGGGCUUGUAAUUAUAACAUAGGAAACCACGCCUAACUGUAUUGCCAAAUUCCUUGUAAACUACCUGUGGCGUCUGUGCUUUCUGGGCUGCGUGCUCUUCCUCUUGAUACAGCGACGGCACCAUUGUAAUUAGUUCAUUCCAUUCCAUGAGCAUCUCCCUUUAAGUGGUUCCUAGAUGGUUUAAUAAAGAGAAACUGUGUUCUCAGUGGAUGCAGAGCGAUCUCAUAUUA